GUUGCUGCCUGUAGGAGGUCCAAUGAGUGUUGGGAGAAGCAAGAAGUUCAACAUCUCCAUCCAGGAGCACAUGGCCAUCGACGUUUGUCCUGGUCCAAUCAGAGCCAUUCGCCAAAUUUCAACCUACUUUCCCCGUCUGUCCCCCACCUCCCCCGUCUCCCCCACCUCCCUUGUGUCCCCCACCUCCCUUGUGUCCCCCACCUCUCUUGUGUCCCCCACCUCCCCCGUCUCCCUUACCUCCCCCGUGUCCCCCACCUUCCCCGUGUCCCCCACCUCCCUUGUGUCCCCCACCUCCCCCGUGUCCCCCAUUCCACUCUCUCCCCCGACAACCCUCAGUCCUACCACUGUGAUGUCAUCAAUGGAGGCCAUCAGCUCAGACAGUGAUGACUGCACGUCGUUGGGCAUGUUGGAGUUUGAGCUAAGGUACGAGCAGACGUCCAGUCAGCUGCACUGCACGGUUCUACGGGCAAAGGGUUUGAAGCCCAUGGACUUUAAUGGCUUGGCCGACCCCUACGUCAAAGUGCACCUGCUGCCCGGCGCCUGCAAGGCCAACAAGCUGAAGACAAAGACGGUGAGGAACUGUCUGAACCCGGUGUGGGAGGAGACUCUGACCUACGUGGGAAUCACGCAGGAGGACAUCGUCAGGAAGACGCUCAGGCUGACCGUGUGUGACCAGGACAAGCUGACCCAGAACCAGAUCAUUGGUCAGUCCAGAGUGGCGCUCAGGAGACUCCACGCUCAGCAUGCCACACGCUUCCACACCUGCCUAGAACACCCGCCCCCGCUGCCAUCUCCGAGCGCCACAGGAGAAGCUGUGCGAGGAAUCUCCUGCUACCUGCGAGAGUGGGAGGAGCAGCAGCUCCACAGUCUGGAGGAAAGAGGUCGUCUUCUUCUCUCGCUGCAGUUCCUGCCUCUGCCCACCGGGGGAAACGACCAGACUGACAGGCGGCUAGCGGGCGGUCUGUGCGUUGGCGUGAAGCGCUGCGCUCACCUGGCAGCCAUGGACGUGAACGGAUUCUCUGACCCAUACGUGAAAAUAUACCUGAAGCCCGACAUGGAGAAGAAGUCCAAACACAAAACUGCAGUUGUGAAGAAGACGCUCAACCCUGAAUUCAACCAGGAGUUCUUCUACGAGAUCUCCCGGUCAGAACUGGUCACCAAGACCCUGGAGGUGACCGUGUGGGACUACGACUUGGGACGCUCCAACGACUUCAUAGGUGGCGUGUGUCUGGGGGCUCAGUCUCUGGGCCACGCCCUUCGCCACUGGACAGACUGCCUGAAGAACCAAGGCCAGCAGGUGGAGCGCUGGCACAUUCUGACCAAUCAGCUGCCACGUAGUGUCAGCCACAACUAAAGUCAUGUGACCUCUGCGAAAAAAGGAAUCCAUCCGUGUCAGCCGCUAACCGAAUGUUAGCAUCAGUAAAUAUGUAACAUUACUGUUAUAUCUGUAUGCUAUAUACAUGGGCUCCCCUAGUGGUGUGCGAAGGUAUCAUUUGAUUAA